GGCUUCCACACAAUUUUGGACCCCCUUGUGGCUACCCUAAAUGUGGAUUAUGAAAUCAUUUUUACAUAACUAAUUUUUGCUAUCAUUAUUUUUUUACAUCUGUUAUUAGACAGUGGCAACGCGGAACACUAAUUUAACCCACAGAUUUUCUAGAGGGACGGCUUUAGGCGGAACACAACAGUAUCGUACCACAUGCAUCUGCAAUUUUUUUUUCUAUUCAGAAGUAAGAAAUUCCGCACGAAAAUUAGAGUUCAAGCACAAAGAAGGAAAUAUAGAGAUAUCAGCAAAUCCCGGGAGGAAACCACCGGUGCAGCCAAUGAUGAACAUAUACCCAAGAACUCUGAUGGGAGAUCGGAGGAGGAGCUUCAAUGCAGCCUGAGCCUGAUAGCUCAGGGAAGAGAUCCUUCAGAGUUGCUGCAGUGUGUCUGGGGCUGCUGUGUGUUCUCCUACUGGCUGGGAUCAUAGGCCUGUCUGUCUACUAUGGUGGGGUCUCUAAGAGCUUCUUAGCCUAUAAGACCAACUCAUCUGCAGCUAUAGAACAGCUACAGACCAGCAACAACAACCUGACUAAAGAGAGAGACCAGAUACAGACCAGAUACAACACCCUGACUAAAGAGAGAGACCAGCUACAGAAUAGUUACAGCACCCUGACUAAAGAGAGAGACCGGCUACAGACCAGUUACAACACCAUGACUAAAGAGAGAGACAAGCUACAGACUGAGAGAAAUUUUCUUAGCAAUCUCAGCUGGCAGAAGUUUGAAUCCAGUUGGUACUUCCUGUCUACUGAGUCUAAAACCUGGAAGGAGAGCAGAAAGGACUGUCUGGAGAGAGGAGCAGACCUGGUGAUGAUAAACAGUGAUAAGGAACAGACAUUUCUCUUCAACCUCAAGAAGAGAGUCUGGAUUGGUCUGACUGACUCUGUUAAGGAGGGGACCUGGAAAUGGGUGGACGGCACCCCACUGACCACAAGGUACUGGUAUUCCAAACAGCCUGAUAAUGCAGGCCCUAAUGGGGACGAGGACUGUGCUGAGAUACACAAAGACCAGAGUCCUCUAAAGGCAUGGAAUGACAUGUCAUGUGACAGCAAACUCAACUGGAUUUGUGAGAAAGCGGUUUAACAUCACCAUGACAACAUGCUGUAACACAUACAGUAGCCUUCAGUGCACAGAACUUCCUCCUCUGUCUCUGUCUCUCUCUCUCUUUGUCUCAAACUCAGGCACACAAAUGUUGUAUUUAUUUGUAUUAGUAUAUUAAUAAAAGUCCUACUUGUUUCCUGA